GCCGCCAUCACUCUAACGUCCUUCCUCAAGCGGCCUCUGCGCUCCGACGCCCUGGCGAUCUCCUCAGACAGAACCCCCGACGUCCAUUCACACGCACCUCCUUGGCCAUAAGGUGCCUUUUUCCACCAGGAGCAACGCCUCUCUCGCAGAUUAAAAACAAUAAAUGAUCAAUGCCUACCACUGAACAACGCCUAAAACGGGAAGUUAUUUGAAUCCAAGAAAAUGGUGUCUGUAUCUGUGAUUGCCAUGGCAGUUGGAACAGGUACGGCGGCAGUGCUCAUUGCCCCUGUUGCUUUGGGAGCGAUGGGAUUCGGUGCUGCUGGGGUUGCAGCUGGAUCAACCGCAGCAGGCAUGAUGUCUUCUGCAGCCGUGGCCAAUGGAGGUGGGGUAGCAACAGGGAGUCUUGUUGCUGCUCUACAGUCAGCAGGAGCUGCAGGACUCACCGGUGUGGCCACAGCUGUUGUGGGAAGUGUCGGCGCGGCAGCCGGUGGAGCGGUGGGGUGGGUGUCCUCUAAGUUCAGGGGGUGACCUCAAUAUUCAGCCGUAUUGACGCUGGGGUCUCAUCCUCGCUAUGAUUACAUUGAUAAUAAAAUUGAUUAUACUUCAAAUGUGUCUUUGUCCCGUACUGUAUGUGCUGAGCUUUAGGAUAGAGAAGUUGACUAUAGCAUAGUGUUGAAGCUACUGAAUGUUUCCAUUGAUUUCUGACUGAUAAAGAGGAUGUGUUGAUUAGUGAAUGUGAAAGAUCAGUGAGUAUUGCAAUGCUUUGCUGAAGUAAAUAUAUUUUACAUUUGUCAAGGAGGUUGUAGUUAUUGGUCAAUUCAAUUUCUGUAUGAAAUUACAUUUGUGAUUGCAGAUUUAUAAGCUAAAAAAAUAAUGGUAGGCCAACUAAUGUGGAUGGGGGCCCAUUCCUAAGUGGUGCAGUGGUCUAAGGCACUGCAUCUCAGUGCAAGAGGCACCACUACAGUCCCUGGUUUGAAUCCAGGCUGUAUUACAUUUGGCCAUGAUUGGGAGCACAAUUGUCCCAGCGUUGGCUGGGGUAGGCUGUCAUUAUAAGAAUUUGUUCUUAACCGACUUGCCUCGUUAAAUAAAUAAAUCAGUUCAUUGUC